UGAUUGUUAUGGUUCAGUGUGCUAAAAUAGUCCUGGUAUAAAUUCAUUUCAGAUGGGUUUCAGUCUCCUUUUUGCCAGAAGGAAGGGGAUCAUCAAUAAUGUUGACUUUUUUUUUUUUUGGGUCUCUUCUUUUUUUUUUUUUUUUCACAUGUGCAAAGCUUAUUUGUUUCGGCAAGAAGGCCUUUGAGGGACUUUGCUCAGUGUGGCUAAAGUUUCUUCAAAGAUUAACUGACAUUCUUUAAAAGUACAUCAGUUUCCUUUUAAGCAGGUAUUUGCUUACCACGUAACUGGGUUGUUGAGUGCUAUUGUAGUUAUAAAGUUUGCUGGGCUCAACUCUAGAUUUCCUUAAGACAUACUGCUGACAUCACCGAAUCUCCUCUCAGAUUCCUUUCCCUCUCUCUCCGGUUUCCUCCUUCAGGUAAUUCCAACUCAGACUCUUACCAACUUGUUUUUGACUGACAGUGAAUUAAGGAAGACUUUUUAGGGGAAUAGAGGAGGAGUGUUUAAAACAUACAUAUGUGCUGUACCUAAAGGAGACUCAUUCUUUUAUAAAGAGUUGUUUGACCUGUCAUGACAAUAACAUCUAGUAAGGAAUCUGAACAUUGAUCUUUCACAGAACUGAGGAACUGAAAAUGGGCACCACUCAAAUCAAUACAUCGAGUGCCCCACUCAUUAACAGUAUCAUCAGUGCUGACCUCAAGACACACAGACCCCGAGUGAUGUCCAAAAAUGGUCACAGCAAUGUGAGAAUUGACAAAGUAGAUGGUAUAUACCUGCUUUACCUUCAAGAUUUGUGGACAACGGUUAUAGACAUGAAGUGGAGAUACAAACUUACCCUGUUUGCUGCUACUUUUGUGAUGACCUGGUUCCUCUUUGGAGUUAUCUAUUAUGCCAUUGCAUUUCUUCAUGGAGAUUUAGAAAGGGAUCCUUUCCCCCCCAAACAUAUGCCUUGUGUCAAGGAAGUAAACUCACUAACGGGGGCAUUUCUCUUUUCUUUGGAGUCACAGACAACUAUUGGUUAUGGCUUCCGUUUCAUCACAGAGGAGUGCCCUCAUGCCAUAUUCCUCCUGGUUGCUCAGCUGGUCAUCACAACUUUGAUUGAGAUCUUUAUCACUGGUACCUUCUUGGCCAAAAUUGCAAGACCCAAAAAACGGGCUGAGACUAUUAAGUUCAGUCAUUGUGCUGUAAUUACCAAACACAAUGGAGAGCUUUGCCUUGUGAUCAGAGUGGCAAAUAUGAGGAAGAGCCUUCUGAUUCAGUGUCAGCUGUCUGGGAAGCUUCUUCAAACCUAUGAAACCAAAGAAGGGGAGAGAAUCCUGCUCAACCAAGCCAGUGUCAAAUUCCAUGUUGACUCCUCUUCAGAAAGUCCUUUUCUCAUUUUACCUUUAACCUUUUAUCAUAUAUUGGAUGAAAGUAGCCCUUUAAGAGAUCUCACACCCCAAAACCUAAAAGAAAAGGAUUUUGAACUGGUUGUCCUCUUGAAUGCCACAGUAGAAUCCACUAGUGCCGUCUGCCAAAGCAGAACUUCUUAUAUCCCAGAGGAGAUCCAUUGGGGUUAUGAGUUUGUACCUGUGGUUUCUCUCUCUCAAAAUGGUAAAUAUGUUGCUGAUUUUAGUCAGUUUGAGCAAAUCAGAAGAAGUGUAGACACUACUUUUUAUAGCAUGGACUCUGAAAAACAGAAACUAGAAGAGAGAUACAGACAGGAAGAUGAAAGAGAGAGAGGACUGAGAACAAUGUUGUUACAGCAAAGCAAUGUUUGAUUGUAUGAGCAAACUUUAACAUUAGUAAUGCCUAUUUACAAACUGAAACAAAAGCAUACAUUAUAUACUGUAUGGCUCUUAAGAAAAUGCAUCAGAGACCUCUUAAGCAAGUACCUUGGUAUAGAGUAAACCUGUCCUUUUGUCAAGUCAAGUUGUUAAUUGAGUAUUUGUUUUAAUUAGGUGGGAUUUCUUUGUUUAUCAUAAUGAUUUAACAGAGUUGGAUUUAUUUUGAGAAUCUGCCUUGUACCAACUGUCAGAUCAGACAUACUACUUUCCAUUUGGUAAGUGGCCUUCGAUACCAUGAGAAGAUUUCUUCACAUAGGUAUUUGCCAUGGUUUAAUUAUAACAGUGGGAUCUCAAAGCUAGCACACAAGUGCUUCCAGAAGGAAACAGGCUCCUUUAAAAUGUUUAUUUUCAAACCAGUGCUUUAUUUUCUUUAAGUGGUCUUAACUAAGUUAAUGUGAGAGAAGUGUGGUUCAAUCAAUGCAGACAUACUAUAGCUGGUAAAAAGAACAGGAGUACUUGUGGCACCUUAGAGACUAACAAAUUUAUUUGAGCAUAAGCUUUCCUGAGCUACAGCUCACUUCAUUGGAUGUAUGCAGUGGAAAGUACAGUGGGGAGAUUUUGAACUGGUUGUCCGCUUGAAUGCCACAGUAGAAUCCACUAGUGCCGUCUGCUAAAGCAGAACUUCUUAUAUCCCAGAGGAGAGCCGAUGAAGUGGGCUGUAGCUCACGAAAGCUUAUGCUCAAAUAAAUUGGUUAGUCUCUAAGGUGCCACAAGUCCUCCUGUUGUUUUUGUGGAUACAGACUAACACGGCUGCUACUCUGAAACCUAUAGCUGGUAAACACAUUCUUUUAUCCUGAGAGAGAGAAAAUGACUUGUACACUAAUAGCCCGCUGGGCUUUGUUAAAAGGGUUUUCUCAGCUCCAUUAGGGACCAUUAGUUUCUUGAACACUCAUUUGUUUUUUUACCAUGUUAAUGGCAGGCUUGUAUAUAAUAUCUAGGGAGAGAGCUGAGGGCAGUUAACACUGAAUCAAAACAGUAAUUAACUGAGUUAAAACUGGCUUUGCCAAGACUUUUUGUUUUCAUAAAGUGUAAAUCAUUUCUACUAGCAGCCUAACAAUACAUUUCUGAAGGUUGCUUGUUUUGCCAUGGGCCAUAUUUAAUUUUUGUUAAAUGAAAUCUUGAUGACAUCUGUAGCCAAUAUUUACUGUUUCUGCCCACUUUAAUGGACAAACAUUCCUUUGAUCCAUUUCAGUUUCGGUCUAUUAAACCACUCUAUUAAUAAAGGAAUGUAAUUUGAACAAUUGCUGAUUUCUUUGUGGUGCAGUCAGAGGGUGUGGUAGUUAGGAUAUGCUUGGCAUAUUCAUUUACAUAUAGCAAAAGCAAAGCUUACAGAUUGACUCACUUUAACUAGACAGGGAAUUGGGAGAAACCAGUGGUGAAUGGGAAACAUACUUCUGCACGAAGAACAGCUGUCCGAUACAAUUUAGAAAUGAGUUUCCUUUCAGCCCCAGGUGUGCUUUUGCCAGUGGCAGUAGUGAACUCCAGAGGCCCUGAUCUGGCAAACCUGGUACAUAGAUAAGUGCCUGUUUACCUGAGUGUGAGCUUUGGGUGUGUCAUGUAUGCAGGCUGGGCCUAGGUCUGGGAAGCACUGGGUUCUGCCAUUAAGGUAAAUCAUUUUCGAGUUCCCUUCCAGCCCUACAUUUCUAUGAUUUUAUGCCAAGAAAAAUGUUAGCUCACUUGCACUUGACCAGAAUUAGAGCUGUGCAAACCCUAAAGGAUAUGCUCUAGCUGAACUACAAGUCACUAGGCUAGAUGCAGAUAUCACUGGGUGCAAUGCCGUGGCCUGUAUUACACAGGAGGUCAGACUAGAUGAUUAUAAUAGUCCAGUCUGUCCUUAAACUCUGUUAAUCUACUUGUACCAAAUAAUAGUAGAAAGUUAGCCCUCUUUUCUCCUGCUCAUUAAUUAGCUUUGAGUAGACUUUGAUUUUGAAAAUGUGUUAAGGAUUUGAAACUGUACAACCCAUGAACAAAUAUGAAGAAAUUUCAGCUUAUGGGCUGUUUAUGAACUAUUUGCUUCAUCAAUGUCUUCAGCUCCUCAUUACUAGUUUUUCAUGAUGUUAAGUGACUCAAGUCACAUGGGCUACCUUCCGCUACUUCCCUGGGUAUCUUAGAGACAGGAAAAAAGAACUUAAAGAGAUUUUGAGAUGGCCUCGAACACUUAUAGUGGGAUCCAAAAGGUACUUAAGUGCCUAAACCCCGGACUUAGGCACCUAAGUCUCAGGGUUAGGUGCCAAAAUCCCAGUUUUUGCUCCAUUCUGAUCCACAAAACUCCUGCCAAGCCCUGAAGGUGCUAAACUUGCUUGGCACCAAAGUUUUCAGGGUAGAAGUUCCUUAGGUGCCUAUGUUACUGCCUCUGAGCACAAACACCAUUGCCUCACCUUAGGUGUCUGGAAUCUGGAUGUCUAUUCCUCACCUACGCCCCAGAGUGAAUCACAAACUGGGAGAGGAUAGGCAUUCAGUUGCCUACCUCAUGUGCAGGGCCCAAUCUGACAGGCAGCCUCAGAGCAUGUCUACUGGAUCGGGUUCCAUUGGUCUCUCUAGCCCAAUAACUAUUUAAUGAUUUAUCUACAGUGAAAAAGUCCUUGGGCUAGAGAGAAAGAACGACUCCAUAGCCUGGUGGUUAGGGCACGCUUCUGGGGUGUGGGAGAACGGGGAGUCAGUCCUCCUGCUCUGAUCACUCUUUCAUUAUUUAUCCCAGUGGAACAGCUUCAACAGCAGAAGCCCCACGUCAGAAUAUCCCAUAUCUCAUGCUUAGAGCACCCUCCUAAGAGGUGGGAGAUCCCUGUUCAAAUUGUUUCCCCCCUCUGGAAGAGAGGGAGGAAUUAAACCUAGAUCUCCCACAUCCCAGGUGAGGGCUCUAACCACUGGGUUAAAGGUUAUAAGGUGGGUGGCACCACCACUACCUCCUCCUCCAGCCAUUUUGUGUGGAGGCAGGUACCUAACUCAUUCCUGCAAGAAAUGCCUUAGCCACCUAAGCUGCCUGACCCCAAAGGGUGGGUUCCUGUUUGUGAAUUGCUGCGUAGAGCUAGAUGCCUGUCUCCGAGAGAGGAGACGUGCUUAGCACACACUCCUCUGAUCGGUGUCUCCCAUUGCCCAGCUUAGGCGGCUCCCUGCCUAACACUGGUGGCUUUUGUGGAUUCCAUUGUAAAGUGCCUGUCUCUCUCCAUUUAUUGUAUAGGGAGCCUAGGCACCUAACUCAGCUUCGUUGUUCCUGUGAUUUUUUCUAAGCAUCUAAAAGUUAGGCACCAUGAUGCUCAG